AUGAAUGAUCUCACUGUUCAUUUCAAAAAUCUAGCUCUUGCUACAUUCGUUGCGUAUCGUGCUUUAUGUAACCUAGAAACACCGGUGGCGUGUAUCAUUGUUCAUGAGGAGACCGGCGAGGUUUUGGGAUUCGGCUGUAACGACACUAAUGCAUCUCUCAAUGGGACUCGUCAUGCAGAAUUUGUUGCUAUAGAUCAAAUUAUGAAAAAAUUUCAGCUUUGCAAUGUCUCUCAAGAUCAGGUCGAGAGAUUUUUCAGCCGUCUUGUCUUAUACGUCACCGUGGAGCCCUGUGUUAUGUGUGCUCUGGCGUUACAGCAAAUGGGGAUCAAGGAAGUAUAUUUUGGUGCUGCAAAUGACCGCUUCGGUGGGAACGGUUCUGUCAUCAAAGUACAAGCCGCCUCCUGCGGAUCAUCCUACAAGAGCUUUGGCGGUCUUAUGAGGGUGGAGGCAAUUCAUUUACUACGAUGCUUUUAUGUGCAAGAGAAUGAAACGGCGCCUACUCCAAAAAUCAAGAAGAACAAAGCAAUUGAAGGAAAAGAGUUUCCCCCGAAUCUCCCUUUUGACCGAUUCCUUUCUGAGAGCGAAUUCAGUUCAUUUUACGGAACUGCCAGAGCAGCAGAGUUUUAUCCUGGUCCUCGAGAUGGUAUCGAAAUUACCCCUGUCUUCGAGCACGGAUAUAUUUUUAGAGAUCUUAUUGACGUAAGCGAUGUCGAGGGGAUUCCUGGCGUCAAGUCUCUAUAUCCUAAGGGUGAGCUUACAAUUAAGGAUGAUAUUCAGAAGCUUAGCGAUAUGCUACCUUUUAUCGAAGAUACUGGGGUAGUGGGAUGGCAUCAUGAUCGCCAACAUUCAUCGCAAGAAAAGUAA